AAAGCCAAUCAAAUCAACACGCGGCAUCGCCUAUUGUCCAAUCACCUUAUUGGGAAAAGGGAAUCUAUCUACCAUUGGCUAUACGAACGACCAGGAUGUAAAACGAUCAAGAAGCGCAUUCGAAGAAAAUAUUGUUUUAAUGUCUGAGAAAAAAUCAUAAGAUCAUUCAGCCGCGUAGUUGUUUUCUGGAAGAAACUGAAAUAAAAAAAACGGUAUCUCUAUUCCCUAACUAUUGUACAUAGUGGAAUGCAAAUAAAACUGUCAAGUUUACAUUUGUAUCUACCGCAAUCAAAAUGAGCGCUGAAUACUUUAGAUUUGCUGAAGUUUUCUCGUACGAAAGCUUGGUGCAUGCAAUGGCAGGAGCAGUGGGGAGUGUGACGGCAAUGACCGUUUUCUUCCCACUUGACACUGCAAGACUACGGCUGCAAGUGGAUGAGAACAGGAAAGCCAGGGCCACUCCUGCCAUUCUGUCAGAGAUUGUCAAGGAAGAGGGGUUGCUGGCGCCCUACAGGGGCUGGUUCCCAGUGAUCUGCAGUCUCUGCUGCUCCAACUUCGUCUACUUCUACUGCUUCCACAGCCUGAGAGCCAGCUGGCUCCGGGGACACAAGUCAACUCCAAGCAGCGACCUGCUAAUGGGCAUCGCUGCAGGUGUAGUGAACGUGCUUGUGACCACUCCGCUGUGGGUGGUCAACACACGACUCAAGCUUCAGGGGGCAAAGUUCCGCAAUGCAGACAUCCGUCCCACUAACUACUCAGGCAUCAUGGAUGGCUUUGUGCAGAUCAUUGAGGACGAAGGGGUGGGGGCCCUGUGGAACGGGACAUUCCCCUCUCUCCUGCUGGUGCUCAACCCGGCUGUCCAGUUCAUGAUCUAUGAGGGCCUGAAGAGGCAGCUGAGAAGCUUGGUUCACAGAGAGCUGUUGUCUCUGGAGGUCUUUCUGAUUGGUGCCAUAGCCAAAGCAGUGGCCACCACAGUCACAUACCCACUACAGACUGUACAGUCCAUCCUGAGGUUUGGUCAACACAAGCAGCACACAGACAGAUCACCGUUGCUGAACAGCCUGAGAAGUGUGAUGUAUCUGCUGAUCAAUAGAGUGAGGAAGUAUGGCAUGCUGGGCCUGUUCAAAGGCCUGGAAGCUAAACUCCUACAGACCGUCCUGACCGCAGCCCUCAUGUUCCUGCUCUACGAGAAGAUCGCCAGCAGCACCUUCAAGGUCAUGGGAGUGAAGAGGCUUGCGUCCAGCCACUAGCCUGUCUGUGACAUCAGACAUCCGAUCCCAUAUUGCUCCCUAUCUGUCCCCCCUUGGCCCUAACCCCUCAAAGUUGGCAUGUCUAAAGUGGUCCUCUGUAGCUCAAUUGGUAGAGCAUGGCGCUUGUAACGCCAGGGUAGUGGGUUCGAUCCCCGGGA